GAAUCAUACCACCAAGUUGUCUGCGCCUAAUUUAACGGGCGGCGACUCCGGGCAGUCUCUCUCUCUCUCUCUCUCUCUCUCUCUCUCUCUCUCUCUGUGAGGCGGUCUCGAUGGCAGAGAAGGACGACGGAGGCAUCAAUGGCGGACCAUACCGUCUGGUCGAGCUCGUCUCCACUGCGGAGAGGGACUUCCUCGUCAAGCGAAACGGCGAUCAGGUAAAAGUCAAUCAUCUGGAAGGGAAGGUUGUUGGCCUCUAUUUCUCCGCAUCUUGGUGUGGCCCAUGCCAACGAUUCACUCCCAAGCUCGUGAAUGCAUAUGAAGAGCUUUCUCAAAGAGGUGAUUUUGAGGUUGUAUUUGUAUCGGCUGAUGAAGACCAAGAAGAAUUUGACAAAUACUUCUCAAAAAUGCCAUGGUUGGCUAUUCCAUUCUCUGAUUCAGACAUCAGAUCAUCUCUCGAUCAGAUCUUUGAGGUUUCAGGGAUCCCACAUCUUGUCAUUCUUGAUGGCAAUGGUCAGCUGUUGACAGAUGAUGCUGCCAUGAUGAUUAGGGAUUAUGGGGCUGAAGCCUAUCCGUUUUCUGCGGAAAGGUUGCAAGAGUUGAAGGUAGAGGAGGAAACUGCACGAAACAAUCAGAGUCUUAAGUCCAUUUUGGUUCACUCGACAAGAGAUUUUCUUGUAUGUAAUGACGGCAGGAAGGUCCCUGUGACACAGCUUGAAGGGAAGACUGUCGGCUUGCUAUUUUCAGCAGAUUCUUUCUACUCAUGCAAGGAAUUGAUCCCACAGCUCGUUGAAGUCUACAACAAGUUGAAGGAAAAGAAUUUUGAGAUUGUCUUGGUCUCACUGGAUACCGACGCGGAGUCCUUUGAUGAGGGAUUUGAAGCUAUGCCAUGGCUUGCCUUGCCUUUUAGUGACAAGACAUGCAUGAAGUUACCUCACUACUUUGAGAUUCGGGGGAUCCCAACACUAGUUAUAAUUGGACCAGAUGGAAAGACACUGCAGUCAGACGUUGUCGAAGCCAUUGAAGAUCAUGGUGCUGAGGCUUAUCCCUUCACUUCUGAAAGGAUGGCAGCGCUUUUGGAAAUAGAAAAAGCUAAGCUUGCAUCACAGACAAUAGCAUCGCUGCUAGUAUCGGACGAAAGGAACUUUGUUAUUGGCAAUGGUGGUCUCAAGGUGCCAGUCUCUGAUCUGGUUGGCAAGACCGUCCUCCUCUACUUCUCAGCACACUGGUGUCCUCCAUGUCGUGCAUUCUCGCCCAAGCUUAUUGAGACAUACCACGAGAUCAAAGCUAAGGACUCUGCUUUUGAAAUAAUCUUCGUCUCAAGUGAUCACGACCAAGCGGCAUUUGAAGAGUACUUUGCCACAAUGCCAUUUUUAGCUCUCCCAUACGGCGACACGAGAAAGAAGUCUUUGUCAAAAACUUUCAAGGUCACCGGAAUCCCAACUCUUGUCGCCAUCGGGCCGAGUGGCAGGACUCUAACAAAAGAUGCUAGGAAUCUAGUGAUCAAUUAUGGCGCUGCGGCCUAUCCUUUCACAGAGGUACGUCUGAAGGAGGUGGAACAGGAGAUGGAAGAAAUGGCAAAGCAGUGGCCUAAGGAAGUGCAGCAGCAUCCGCUUCAUGAGGAACAUUCACUUGAACUAUCUCGCCGGCCAAAUUACAUAUGUGAUGCAUGCGACUCUGAGGGGCAUGGUUGGUCAUACCUAUGUGCAGAUUGUGACUUCGACCUUCAUCCAAUGUGUGCUUUAAAAGCAGGAGCAGAUGUUGGUGCUCAAGAUGAUGAGAAUACAGUUGGCUAUAGAGAACAAGAUGAACCAUCCAAUGAAACUUGGGUUUGUGAUGGUGAGACCUGCCGUAAGGCCUGAAGAAAAAACACCCCUUCGUUUUGAACCAAAUAAAACUCCCAUCGUGAUGCUUUUACUGUAUCCGCUUGCUCUGGCUUAGCUGCUUAGUUGCAUAUUUAUUUGGCAUCCACAGCACACGUAUACUCCACUUGCUCAAUUGUUUUGUGGUAGAAAUCAUAUGAGAAACUUCAAAAGAAAAUGGUUGUAUUCCCCGUCUUCCGUCGUAUGCAUGUGAGAAUUGGCAUUCUCUUACUAGGUAGGCACAAUUUAUUUCCAUGGCAUAUAUAUUCUACCUUACUGUAACUGUUCGUUUUUCUAAAAUUGGAACUCGUGUUUGUUGUAAAUUACUAGUUCUUGUAAAUAUUAUUUUACUGAA